AUGCCUCCUGGUAUCGGCUUUGACCCAUUCCAACUCUAUUCACCGGCCAAUGUCACUGUUGCAGACAAUGAAUUCGAGUCCGUUCUGGGCCACACUCUAGCCACAGUUCCCCCGAUCGUCUUCAUCUGCCACAGCCUUGGUGAUAUUGUUCUCAAGACGGCGCUCAUGGUAGCGGGCGAUCAACGUCGCGUUGUGUCGCGAUGCAACCUUAGGGGGGGUGAUGAAUACUGUGGGGGCCUGAUGAAAUUGUCGAUAUCUACUCUGCAACGAUGGGUACUGGGGCAUCCGGACCAUCAAUACCUGGCGCACUGGGCUCGCUUCGGCGGACAGCAGGUAAGGAAGUGCCUCGGGAAACCGUACCCCCAUGCUCUCGGCUUCCAAUACCACGAGCAUGCACCUCCCUCAGCCCACACCGACGCCGGUAAUUUGCACGAUCUUGAUGUCCAAAUCGGUACUACGCCGCAUUCAGUCUUUUAUCAGAACCCUCGGCAUUCCAGCUCUUCCAUUAUAACACAUUUGGGAUCCAAGCGUCUCGCCCAACCCAACGCCGACCAAGCUAGGAGCUCGUGGCAGAGCCAAGACGCGAUCCAAGCGAAGCAGAGGCUAGGCCCAUUUGAUGAUCGCAAGAAAUUAGACGAGGAGAUGAGCAUUACUAAGAUGUUGAUUGCCGUGUACGACCAGCUGGCGCGGUGCUGCUUGAGCAUGUGCAAUUCACCGGCAGACGCGUCCCCGCCCGCCCGGGAGAGGCAGAUAGGGGAUCUGAACAAGGCGAGGGACUUUGCCCGGCGAAGUGAGAAGCUGGUUGCCAAUCAAGUGGAUAGAUUCCGUCCUAGCGGGCUCGGUCUGGGCUAUGCAUCAGUACCGAGAUUUAGGCGCGAGUUGAAGUUGCUAGAGGAUGAGCUAUCGACUCUACAGGCUUCAGGACACCGCGGCGUUGAGGGUCUUCUUACCAGCAUCAAGAUGAUCGAGAGGGCGAAUACCUCGCUAGAAUCCAGGGGGUGGCUGCUCGCACACGAUGGGCUUGUCUGCAGCCGGAUGGGAUUGAGAGCUUGCGACCGCCUGGGCACGAAGUAA